AUGCGAGCGACUUGCUCCAUUGUGCGCGCCUCGUUCCGCCGUUCCCAAGCUUUCUCAACCGUUCAGCUGGCACUCGUGGCGCUGCUGGCGGUGGCAUUCACAGCCCAUAACGCGGCUGCUUCUAUCGUGUACCGCAGUGCGGGUGUGCAUGCUACUAGCGGGGUUCCCAUGCGGAACCUCGGACGGUGGCGCGCGCAGGAAGGGGCGAUGACAGCAGGAGGGCGCGCACUGAUCAGCAGCAACCGCAUCAGCAUCAGCGGCAGCAGCAGCGGUGGCGGUAGCAGCGGCGGUAUUGGCAGCGGAGGGGAAGGCGGGGAGAUUCCCGAGUGGGCGCGGAGCGAGGUGUUGCGGUUUGAGACCGCGCGCGCGCGCCAGCUGGGGCAGGCGGAGGAGGAUGAGGCGGAGCGGGUGAAGCGGGCGGAGAAGGCAGAGAUGGCGCGCGCGCUGUGGGAGGAGACGGAGGCGCAGUUCGAAGGGCGGCUGCAGGAGUGGCGCAGGCAGAGCGCGCGCCUGCAGGGGAUGGCGCAGCGGAAGCGGGAGAAGCGCGCCAGGCGCGCCAGACGCAAGUGGGCGCGCGCUCAGAGAAAGGCGAAACGGGCGCACGCACGGGCGGAAAGGAGCAGCAGCGGCGUUUACGCUAACGUCACGGCAACCCCGACCCCGUGGGAGGAGAAUCGGCCGGCGGGAGAGUCCCCAUGCAGCCCCAGGAGCACCGCACCGGUGAUCAACGUCACCACUCUGGACCACAUUCUAUCACGCACGCAGUACCCGCCCACCCAGACGGUCACCUUGGUGCUGCAGACAUCAAUCACGCUCAACCACUCGCUGCUGCUCGACUCCAACUUCUCCUGCACCAUCUUCCAGGCAGAUACGCUUCCCAGCGAGCAUGUAUUGGAGAUCACCACUGAUACAGAGCCCGUGCUCCAGAUUGUUGUGGCUGCUAACUGGCCUGCUGUCCCUGCUGCUGCUGCUGCUGCUGCUGCUGCUGCUGCUGCUGCUGCUGCUGCUGCUGCUGCUGCUGCUGCUGCUGCUGCUGCUGCUGCUGCUGCUGCUGCUGCUGCUACUCCCCUUGUGCUUGCCUUGCCUGCAGGUCGUAUGGCAUUCAGUUCACGCAGGCGUCAGUGGUCGUAUGGCAUUCAGUUCACGCAGGCAUCAGUGGUGGGGCGGAUAGACGUGUUCCGCUGCGCAUACACGAAGCUGGACUCGCUCUUUGCCACGGCGCCGUGGGACUUCCAGUACCACCCGGGGGUCAUCCGCAUGGGCAUGAGUGGCAUAGGCGUCAACCUCACCUCCUCCGAGAAUAUCGUCUCCAAUAACGAUCUCUUUGGCGCGUGGGAGCUCAUCUAUCUCUAUCGGGGGACCAUUGGAGCUACUGUGAGGAACAAUUUCCUCCACGACUACCUCUUCUCAGGCUUCAGGUGUGGUGCAGACGUGCAUUUUGCAUGGGACUGUGCGCUCACAACAGUGAAGCACAACUUUGUGUUCUCCCCACAGAAGAAGAACCUCACAGGCGACUCUGCAGGCAUCUACUUCUGCACACACUGGUUCAACCCCGGCAACACGGUGAGCUGCAACUAUGUGAUCGGCGGGGACCACUGCUACUACCUGGACUACUGCACGUCAGGCGUGGCCAUUCAGGGGGGCGUGUGCCUGCAGCUGUGGGACGGUGUGAAGCUCAACAACGGCAAGAGGAACCACAUCCGCAGCCUGCUCAUGGUGGGGCUGGGCCAGAGCCCCGGCUACAUCACGUGCUUGACUGUCACACUGAAUCACUGCGGGAAGGACCCUGGGUCCUAUUGGGAGGCCAUGCGGAAGCUUUACUACGAUACACCUGAGAUCAAUAAGGAAUGGCCGUGGAUGAAGCAUGUCCCUGUUAUCAAUACCUUUACUUCAUAG